UGUAAAUCAGAAUACCAGAAGGAUCUGGAGCGCCUCAGAGACUCGAUGCGCAUGGUGGAGAAGGAUAGAGAAAAGGUGGAGAAGGACAGAGAGAAGCUGGAGAAGGACAGAGAAAGGCUGGAACAGCUGGAGAAGAAGUAUAAGAGGAAUGAGAAUGUUCUAAACACUGCAACCUUUCCCAUGGAGAAUGAACAGAUACAGCUACCUCCACCUUACCCCAUAUUGAAUGUGGUUACUCCCGGCUUCGACGAGAGGCCUCCUCUGGUACCGCCACGCAGGGAGAGCAUGGCCAACCUUCCUGUUAAACCCGUAGUGCCCAUCCACCUCGUUAGCACCACCAACCAAUCCCACAAAGCCAGCUCCGUCCAACAGAAGAUUCCCACCAAGCUGGCUGCCCAACCUAAAGGCAAGGAGAAGCACAGCAAGCCCAGGAACUCCCACCAGCGCACCAAGAGUGCAGCUGGCAUAGAGGUGUCUCAGGUACUUCCCAUCAAAGUUUCAGGGAAGGAAGGAGGCAGUUUAAGAGCCAUGAGAUCCAACAGUCCCCACCGGCUCCAUCCAGAUAUGUUUAUCCAUCCAGAGAAGUUAUCCAGCUCCAUACCCUCUCAUUCAGGAAACGGCAUCAGGAAACACCACAAUCAUAACGCACUCAGUACCCAGCCAGGACACUAUAAAACCAAAGACAACGCAACUGCAGAAGACAUAUUUUACUUUUAAUAACCCUGUGCAAUAUGCAAGAGUACAACAUUGUUGCAGAGUGACUGUUAUCACUCUAACAUGACCUGCACUGACGUAAGUGCAUUUAAAAAAAAAAUGGAAUCAUGCAGAUUUGAAUCAUAAUUAUGAAGUUGUUUUUGUUUUUACUAUGAUUUAAAUUGAAUUGGGAAAGGAAAAAAAGCAUUCAUUCACAGGGAUAGUAAAAAAAAAAAAAUGUUUUGGAGGAUUCACUCCCAGAAGUACUUAGUUGAGAUUUAGGCCUCUUUACUUUAAGUCUGUUUCCUAAAGGCUUUGUGAUCUUAACAUCCGACAGUCACAGUAUAUCAGUACAAAAUCCAGUUCAGGUCCACAUUAUAAAAAAGGUCUUUGUCAUAACGAUUUUUGUUUUUAGUUAUUUAUUGUGAUUUUAAUUCAGGGAUGUUUGAGCCCCACAAGUGUUGCUCUGGAAAGUCUUAGUGUUCUUCCUGGACUCUUUAUAGGAGUCAUGUAAUCAAGAGCUUCUCUCAAAAAAAAGUGUUGACCUAUUUAAUGUAUGGAAUACGUUUAAAGUGUAAAUUUCUUUCUGGAGUUUUUCUUCAGUUUCUGCACAGAUUGUGGGAUCUUUUACAUUGUUUUGCUUCUGUUAACUGGAAAAUGAUGUUAAAUUUGAGCAAAAUU